ACUUGAGCGUCUAGCUUCAGAAAUGACCUCUUUAAACCUCGAAGGUUCGCCUGGCCGUAAAGUUAUGUAUAUGUACAUAACUUUGCAGCCGUGCCAUGAAUCAAUAACACAUGAUCGCAAAAAGAGCUGCACUGAAAUACUGAUUGAAUUCUAUGAAAAAAAAAUUAAAGGAUCGGGCAUUCAUUUCAUAGUGAAACCAACCUUUAUUUACAAGGCUUACUGGUCACCAACUGAGGAAGAAAUCAUAAAUGCGAAGGAAGGUCUAAGAAAACUCAUAUUCAAGGAAGGGAUUCAGGUUCAAGCAAUGGAGAAGGAGGACUGGACUUUUCUAAAGAAUCACUUGUGUCCUUCAAUCGAGCUGUUUCCUGAUUCAACUUACGAAGAAAGUGAGAGGAAGAAGUUGGAUAAAUUCAUUGAUGGAUUUUUAAAGUCAAAGGAGAUUGGAAGUGAUCCACCAUCAAGUGACAGUGAUCCACCAUCAAGUGGCAGUGAUCCACCAUCACGUGGCAGUGAUCCACCAUCAAGUGGCAAUGAUCCACCAUCAAGUUACAGUGAUUCACCAUCAAGUGGCAGCUAUCCACCAUCAAGUGGCAGAGUUCCACAACCAAGUUAUAGUGAUCCACAAUCAAGUGACAGUCCUUCAACAGCAAGUGGCAGUGAUCCACCAUCAAGAUACAAUGGUUCAGCAGGAAGACCAAAAGAGGGAAAGAAGAAAGAUGACAAGAAAAAAGAGACUAAGCAUGGCAACUUCGUAAGUUACCUUGAAAAAGGCAAGAAGCAAAAUCUUUUAAACUGGAAUGGCAAUGCAGAUGAACUCCAAGAGUUUCUUAAUUCUUUCUUUGGUGAAAAGGAGGUUGAUAUAAGUGAAGUUCAAAACAACCACCCCCAUGCUCUUGCUAGGUUCAAAGGGACUAACGGUUCAAUUUUUAUAUUGUUCAAGAAUCGAACCUUACAGUGCCAAGGCACAAAGCUAAAAGAAAACAAAGACAAGUUGUCUAAACUAGUGGAACAGGCAAACAAACUCUAAGCCCUGAGCACAUACAAUUAAAGUGUAUAUAGAUUGAUUUAGUUUAAUCCCACAUGAUAACCUGCAGUUGUAAGAACAAGUGUUUCUGAAAAGAUGGCAAAAAAAGAAAGKGUUGUCCUURUAAAACUGCAGAAAAAAACCCUGCCAUCAAGCCUGCAAAUGUGGAGCACCAUGUACAAACAAGGGCUAACAUAAUAAUGUAAUAGAGACAGUAUGUCGCUGCUUUUAGAUAUCAAGAUUAAUGUUAGGACAAUCUUGUAUCCAGAGUCGCCAAUUGCUUUCUUGAAUUGCGUUCGGAUACCAUUCAAAUGCAAUGGAAGACUUCGAUUAAUCGAAUUUUUCAUAGUGUUUUUGGAUUUUUUUUUACACAUUCACCGGAUGUGUUUGCCUUUGUGUAGCUUGCCCACUCACAUAAGGUUUUUAAGAUAUUCUUCACAAAAGGCCGGAAAUCUUGGCCACCCCCCCUCCCCUUCCCCACAAAAGUUGUACCACUAUGAAAAGAUAAUGCGAUUCCUGGAUACGUCAUUUAGUUAGACAAUUGCUGAUAACAUUGCUGAUAAAGUCAACUGAUUUGACCUUUAUUAAAAAUGUGCAUACUGCAUACCACUAAAAGUCAAUAUCACACUUUGUUACCCUGGACACAUACUACUAAGAGUCAAUAGCUCACUAUGUUACCCUGGACACAUACCACUAAGAGUCAAUACCUCACUAUGUUACCUUGGACACAUAUCACUAGUGAGUCAUAAUAAUACGAAAGUUCAUAACUGAUAGAGUUAAAGAAUUGUAAAUCUUUUUAAUAAGUUAAAAUAAAAUUCCCUUGGUAAAUAUUA